UUGUUUUGAAUUAACGUUUCUGAAAAAUGAUAUCUGCAGCUGCAAGUAGAAAGAGUCCUUUUGGGAAUAAAAAUGAGCCUUUCCAAGUGCCGUCAGCCAUGCUCAACUUAAAUAGAGAACUCCAUCAAGUUCUACAAGAGCGUAAUCGGAUGAAAAUUUGUAAUACGAGAUUAUAUGGCAGUGGAUUAUCGCAAAAAAAUGAGCGGGAAAAAAUAAAAACUUUAAGGUUUAAGGCUGUGGAUGAAAUAAUUUCAUCUGAAAGAAGUUACCUUCGCCAAUUGGAAGUUCUUAUGAACUAUUUCAUUAAACCUAUUAAGUUACAUACAUUCAUUGAUGAUCGUAACCAUUCUUUCUUAUUUGGACAAAUUGAAAUGAUAUAUAAUUUGAAUGGGGAAUUACUGCGUGAGUUGGAAGAAAAUAAAGAUAAAGUUGCAAAAGCCUUUCUUAAGAUGGCUCCAUUUUUAAAAUUGUAUUCUGUUUACGCCUUUGAUUUCCAAAAUGCACUGCUUUUGCUACAGGAAAUUUCGAAUAAAAAUCCGGCUUUUCGCAAAUUUGUUGUCCAGACUGAGACACGUCCUGAAGUACAACAAACUUUAAAUUCCUUGAUGAUAAUUCCAAUACAACGCUUACCUCGAUAUAAAUUACUUUUAGAACAAGUACUUUUGUAUACAAGCCCAUCUGAGACUGAUUUUAAAUUGUUAAAAGAUUCUGUAAAGCAAAUCACAUCAAUUGUAUCUCAUAUAAAUUCAUGUGUGGAGGAUCAAGAAGUAACUUUAAUGCUUCUUAAUUUACAAAACUCGCUUUUGAAUCGAUCACCUAAAAUUGUUAAACCUUCAAGGAAAAUUGUUAAAGAAGGACUACUGCAUAAAAUUUCUCGGACUGGAUCUCAGAUAAAACGGUAUUGUGUUCUAAUGUCUGACAUAUUUUUGUACUGUAAAAUAUUAAAGGAUCGUGAAAUAAACACUACGGUAGAAAAUGCUUUGGAGUGCUGUUGCAUUUUUCCUUUGAAGAAGUGUAAAGUGUAUGAACUGUUCUCAGACAGUUUUAAAAUUACUUGUCAAGGCGAUGCUGUAAUAUUCAGUUCAUCGGAUAUACAACUUGUACAUUCAUGGAUAAACAGUAUUCGGGAUACAAUAGAUGUACAUAUCCAGUGUAGAAAGACAUUGCGAAAGGAAUCUAGUAAACGCAAACCUACCAGGAAGAAGAAUAUUAGACAUUUUGAAAACGAUUACCCAAGCAGAAAAAUAUCGCAACACGUAAAACGCAAAAGUUACCUGGAAAUUGACGAUAAAGCAAUUGGCUGUUUUCCGUUCAAGAAAAAUCGCUAUCAGUCAAAUAUAAACUUAGCGGUUUUACCGGUCGAAUGCAGCAAUAGUGAAAGUGAUAUUAAACGCAAAGGGAGUUCUGGAUUUAAUACUACGACACUUUUAGAGAAUCAAAAUUUGAUCACGGUACCUUCACCACAGCAAGAACAUGACUAUGUUGUGCAACAACCCCUUCAUAAACGAGUAAAAUUUGAUUUCAAAGAAAAUAAUACAUGUUACACAGAUGAGAAAUUUGUAACUAAAAAUUUUGAUACAAAAGUGUCUUUGACUGAUAAAAUAUAUAAGUUUUUUGCUAAUUUAUUUUAACAUA